AUGGAGGCUGAAUUUCAAGAGAAUAAAGGAAGAAUUGUCUUUAGAAAUUGCUCAAAGUUGCUUGAGUUGGCAGCCACAGACGAUCUGGAUGGUUUUAUAUGUGAAGUAGAAGAGAGGAGUUGUGAUAUUGAUGAGGUGAGCUUUUGGUAUGGAAGAAGCUUUGGCUCAAAGAAGAUGGGGCUUGAAAAGAGGACCCCUGUUAUGAUUGCUUCAUUGUACGGUAACACUGAGGUUUUGAAGUAUAUUCUUGGAACUGGAAAGGUUGAUGUCAAUAGAUCAUGUGCCUCAGAUGGGGCUACUGCUCUCCACUGUGCUGCAGCAGGUGGAUCCUGGUCUUCGGUGGAGGUUGUCAAGCUCUUGAUUGAUGCCUCUGCCAAUUUCAGUGCUGUUGAUGCCAAUGGGAAGAAACCUGGUGAUCUGAUUGCUCCUUGUAUAAAGUCCUCGAGCAAUUCAAAGAGGAAAACGCUGGAGAUGCUGUUGAAUGGCUUAACAGUCGAGGCUGGUGAUGAGGAGGACGAACAAGGAAACAGAACCCCCACGGCCGAGAAAAAGGAAUAUCCCAUUGAUGUAUCUUUGCCAGAUAUAAACAAUGGUAUAUAUGGAACUGAUGAGUUCAGGAUGUAUAGUUUUAAGGUGAAGCCUUGUUCGAGGGCUUAUUCUCAUGACUGGACAGAGUGCCCUUUCGUCCAUCCUGGUGAGAAUGCGAGAAGGCGUGAUCCAAGGAAGUAUCACUACACUUGCGUGCCUUGCCCUGAAUUCAAGAAGGGAAGUUGUGCUAAGGCUGAUGCUUGUGAAUAUGCUCAUGGUGUUUUUGAGUCCUGGCUUCAUCCUGCACAGUAUAGAACCCGGCUUUGCAAGGAUGAGACUCGAUGCUCGAGGAAAGUAUGUUUUUUUGCGCACAAGCCUGAGGAGUUGCGUCCGUUGUAUGCUUCUACCGGUUCAGCUAUGCCUUCCCCAAAGUCUGUUUCGGCCAAUUCAAUUGACUUCGCAACAUUGAGCCCGUUGUCUCUUGGUUUGUCUUCAUUGAUGACACCGCCUAAUACUUCAACACCACCAAUGUCCCCUUCGGUUACCUGUUCAUCUCCCAUGGGUGGUAGCCUGUGGCAGAACAAGGUGAACCUUUCACUGCCUACGUUGCAGCUCCCAGGUAGCAGGCUGAAAACAGCCUUGAGUGCAAGACACAUGGAAUUGGAUAUGGCCCAACACCAACAGAGGCAGCAGUUAGUGGAUGAGAUGGCCAGCCUCUCUUCCCCAUACAGCAGAAUUGGCAAUUUGAACCCUACUAAUCUUGAUGAUAUUUUUGGAUCUCUCGAUCCUUCAUUAGUAUCUCAAUUACAAUGCCUCUCGCCUAAUGUUAACAAUGCCACCACCUCACAGUCACAAUCUCCAACUAGCCUUCAGAUUCGCCAAAACAUGAACCAACUCCGAUCGAGCUACCCUUCCAACUCUCCCGCUAGGAAGCCCUCCACGUAUGGCUUUGACUCCUCAGCAGCUGUUGCAGCAGCAGUCAUGAACUCUAGGUCAUCUGCUUUUGCAAAGCGCAGCCAGAGCUUUAUCGACCGUGGUGGGGUUAACCAUAGGGCUAGCCUUUCAGGUGCAGCCAAUUCCCCAACCGCCAUGUCAUCCAAACUUUCGGACUGGGGCUCUCCAGAUGGGAAAUUAGAUUGGGGCUUCAAUGGCGAUGAUGCAAAUAAGCUUCAAAAAUCAGCAUCUUUUGAUUUUCGCAUUAGCAAUGCAUCUGCUACAGCAUCAAUGACUCCAUCAAAUGUGAAUGAACCAGAUGUCUCUUGGGUGAAUUCACUGGUAAAAGAUGUUCCCUCUGCUAGUCCUAGGCGAUAUAGUCCUGACCAGAAUCUUGGAGGAGUUCAUGAUAUGGUGCCGCAUUGGGUUGAUCAAUUUUAUUUAGAGCAGGAACAGGUUGUGGCUUAA